CAGGCUGCUAGCUACAGAGUCAUGCGGCCAGGCCAUCCAGGGCAGAAGGGGGUCAGUGCCUCCAGGACAAUCCCAUCUGGCAAGGCUGCCUGCAGGAGGGACACCAGCAGAGGCUGUCCAUCCAGAGACCAGGGUUCAGAACCAGGCACAGAUGGGAGGGCGAUGGGCUAGCAGACUUGGGUCUCCCUGCUAUUGAGUACCUUCGAGCCCCCAGGUCAGGGCUGGGUGGGUGGGGACAAUGUGGGGGACAGGAAAAGCCAGGCCUGCCUUGUAUUCCUGUCUCCAGUUUUAUUAGCUGAAAAUACACUGGACUUAUUCCUCGAAGUUUGGGAUUGUACGAUCCUGUUCAGGUACCAUCCGUGGCCUGAGGGAGAGCCAAGUCCUUUUGGUGAGGAGGGGCCUCCCUUAGGGCCUCGGUGCCCCAGCUAGGGUGUGGCAGCCAUCUCUAGCUGGGGAAUGGUUGGGAGUCUUCUGCAGUCCAGGCAAGAGUGUGCGAGGCAUGGUGGGACAGCUGCAGCCCCUCCCUUCCCAGCUGUCCCACCCUCCGGGGUCUUCAGGUCCCUCCAGACUCCUCCCACCACUGCAUCCUACUUUCAGAUUCAGAUCCUUCUGAUGCACACUCCUUUUCUCUAAAGUGUGAAUGGCUGCUACGUGCCUUUAGGAUUGAGGCGACGUUCUUUUGAGUCUGAUGGGACUCUAGAAUCCUACAGCCUCAGUGGCUGUUCCUUCUCAGCCUCCUCUGGCCCCCAAGUGUGGGCUCACCUCUGCUCAGCCCCUGAGCACCCCUCCAGCCAUCCUGUCUCCCCUCGGGCAGGGCCCCCAAACCUUUGUGCCCACACCCCACAUCCACCCAGUGCUACAGUUAGAAAUUACCUUAUGCUGAGGUGACAUCACAUACUUUGUAAAGCUGAAUAAAAUGAAACAAAAGUAAAACAAUAAGCGUAAGUAGAGGCCCUAGUAUCUCCUUCCUCCACCCAAGUCCUGCUCUGGAGCCUCACAGGGGACUUUCCGUUUGCAUGUGGAGGACUCCGUAUGUGCGUGCUCCUCCUGCCUCCCUCCAGAAGCCCCCUCUUGCCAAGUGGUCACCUCUGUGCACAACCCAUCCCCCACAGAGGAUGCCCCUCUGCCCUCCUGCUUAGCCCCAACUGGGCAUCCAGGUGUGUCCGUCUGGCCCAGCCAGUCCUGGUGCUGUCCCAGUCAUAUCACAUCAUGAUCCCUGACACCCAUCUGGCCGGGCGCCCCUUCCCAGGGAACCCCCUAGGCACCCACAUUUGAGCAGGUCCUGGAGGCCCAGGGUCCUCUCCCCAGCUCACUGCAGCCCCUCCUUGGACGCAGGGCCUCUUCUCAGGCCUAGUGGCUGUGGGAGAGGAGUUAGGCAGGACACGGAGGGGUCCCCAGGGCUGGAGUUUGUGUCUUCCCUGCUCACUGGGAGUCUCCGCACCUACAACAGUGGCUGGCAGGGCCUCGGUAACUCCCUCGCUAGGGGAGGACCGCGACCGGGGAGGGGGAGGCGAGGAGGCUGCCGCGGAACCCUGGGGCGGAUGGGGCUGAGGGACAGGCGACAGGCUCAGUGGUCCUCCCUCUGCUCCAGCUCCCAGGUGCCCACGUGCUGCGCUGGCUGGAGGCAGCAGGGGGACGAGUGUGGGAUCGCGGUGUGCGAAGGCAACUCCACGUGCUCGGAGAACGAAGUGUGCGUGCGGCCGGGCGAGUGCCGCUGCCGCCACGGCUACUUCGGUGCCAACUGCGACACCAAGUGCCCGCGCCAGUUCUGGGGCCCCGACUGCAAGGAGCUGUGUAGCUGCCACCCACACGGGCAAUGCGAGGACGUGACGGGCCAGUGUACUUGUCACGCGCGGCGCUGGGGCGCGCGUUGCGAGCACGCGUGCCAGUGCCAGCACGGCGCGUGCCACCCUCGGAGCGGCGCGUGCCGCUGUGAGCCGGGCUGGUGGGGCGCGCAGUGCGCCAGUGCAUGCUACUGCAGCGCAACGUCGCGCUGCGACCCACAGACCGGAGCCUGCUUGUGCCACGCAGGCUGGUGGGGCCGCAGCUGCAACAAUCAGUGCGCCUGCAGCUCGUCGCCCUGUGAGCAGCAGAGCGGCCGCUGCCAGUGCCGCGAGCGGACGUUCGGCGCACGCUGCGAUCGCUACUGCCAGUGCUUCCGCGGCCGCUGCCACCCGCUGGACGGCACGUGCGCCUGCGAGCCGGGUUACCGUGGCAAGUACUGUCGCGAGCCGUGCCCCGCCGGCUUCUACGGCUUGGGCUGUCGCCGCCGGUGCGGCCAGUGUAAGGGCCAGCAACCGUGCACGGUGGCCGAGGGCCGCUGCCUGACGUGUGAGCCCGGCUGGAACGGAACCAAGUGCGACCAGCCGUGCGCCACGGGCUUCUACGGCGAGGGCUGCAGCCACCGCUGCCCGCCGUGCCGCGACGGGCACGCCUGCAACCAUGUCACCGGCAAGUGCACGCGCUGCAACGCGGGCUGGAUCGGCGACCGGUGCGAGACCAAGUGCAGCAACGGAACCUACGGCGAGGACUGCGCCUUCGUGUGUGCCGACUGUGGUAGCGGCCACUGCGACUUCCAGUCGGGGCGCUGCCUGUGCAGCCCCGGCGUCCAUGGGCCCCACUGCAACGUGACGUGCCCGCCCGGGCUCCACGGCGUGGACUGCGCCCAGGCCUGCAGCUGCCACGAGGACUCGUGCGACCCGGUCACCGGCGCCUGCCGCCUGGAGACCAACCAGCGCAAAGGCGUGAUGGGCGCCGGCGCGCUGCUCGCCCUGCUCCUCGGCCUGCUGCUCUCGCUGCUCGGCUGCUGUUGCGCGUGCCGCGGCCAGGACCCCGCGCGCGGGCCCCGCCCCCACAGGGAGCUCUCGCUGCGGAGGAAGAAGGCACCGCAGCGACUGUGCGGGCGCUUCAGUCGCAUCAGCAUGAAGUUGCCCCGGAUCCCGCUCCGCAGGCAGAAACUGCCCAAAGUCGUAGUGGCCCAUCACGACCUGGAUAACACGCUCAACUGUAGCUUCCUGGAGCCACCCUCAGGGCUGGAGCAGCCCUCACCAUCCUGGUCCUCCCGGGCUUCCUUCUCCUCGUUUGACACCACUGAUGAAGGCCCCGUGUACUGUGUACCCCAUGAGGCAGAGGCAGCAGCAGAGAGCCAGGAUCCGGAGGCCCCCACCGUCCCUGCCGAGGAGCCAGCGCCGUCUCCCGCGCCUCUGACCACAGCGGCGUCCGCCGAGGACGCGACGCCCCUCCCCGCGUCCUCAGACAGCGAGCGGUCGGCGUCCAGCGUGGAGGGGCCCGGCGGGGCUCUGUACGCGCGGGUAGCCCGGCGCGAGGCCCGGCCGGCCCGGGCCCGGGGAGAGGCUGGGGGCCUGUCGCUGUCGCCAUCGCCGGAGCGCAGGAAGCCGCCGCCGCCCGACCCCGCCACCAAGCCCAAGGUGUCCUGGAUCCACGGCAAGCACGGAGCCGCUGCCGCGGCCCGUGCGCCCUCGCCACCGCUCCUCGGCCCCGAGGCCGCGCCCAGCCCGACCAAGAGGAAACGGACGCCCAGCGACACGUCGGCGCGGCCGGACGAGCCUGGCAGUCCGCGAACCCGCGACCCGACGCCGCGGCCCCCGGGGCUGGCCGAGGAGGCGACGGCCCCGGCCGCGCCCUCGCCGCCCCGGGCCCGAGCGCGGGGCCGCGGCCCCGGCCUCUCGGAGCCCACGGACGCCGGCGGUCCCCCGCGCAGCGCGCCCGAGGCCGCCUCCCUUCUGGCCGCGGAGCUGCGGGGCAAGACUCGCAGCCUGGGCCGCGCCGAGGGCCCGCGGGAGAAACCGCCGCCGCCGCAGAAGGCCAAGCGCUCGGUGCCGCCCGCCUCGCCGGCCCCCGCGCCCCUAGCGUCCGAGGCCCCGGGGCCCGACAAGGCGGCGAGCGGCUCACCGGCGCCGGACACCCCCCGGAAGAAGACCCCCAUCCAGAAGCCGCCGCGCAAGAAGAGCCGGGAGGCGGCGGGCGAGCCGGGCAGGGCGGGCGCGCCCACCCUGUAGCCCGCGGCGCCCCAGCUGCGCUCCCGGCUUCCCAGCGCCCCUCGGCCCGGCCCUGCGCCUGGGCCGGCGGGGCUGCGUCUCCUUGGCUCGGGCCGCACAGUCGCCGCCUGGUUGCAGCCGCGUGCUCUGGCGGGAAGGCGCGCCGCGGCGGUCGAGGGCCGACAGGCGCCCGGCCGGCGACUCCCUGCUCCCCAUUGGCCCAGCCGGCCGCGAUCAGCCCGCGUCUCAUUGGCCAAGGACGAGCGGUUCUGCCUAGAGACCGCCUCUUAGGGCCUCGCGUGCGCUUGGUCGGGGCUGCGUUCUCACUGGCCGAAGCCAGGCGCGCUUUUGCCCCAGCUGCCUCCUGCUGGCCACGGCCUGGCGCCGCUGGCCGGAGACGCCUUCCUCGGCUGCAGCCGGGACCUGAGGCUCCUUCCGCCGGCCCGGCCCCAGGGCAUCUGGCUGACCCGAGCCCGGGGAGGAGGGCUGGUCUCUGCUCCUCGGGGCUCGGUCCGUCACCCCUUCCCUUCCCUGGCGCCCCAGCCCCAGCCCCUCAGCUGUCGAGCCGGUUUUGAUGGCCUCCCGCCGCCCCCCACGCGGAGGGACCCCAGGGCCAGCUCAGGUGGCCCGAGGAGAUGUAUUUAUGGCCCCGAGGGCUGCUCCGCCCCGCCCGGCGCCCCAGGGUGGGUUCCUCCCGGCAGGGGCUAGGCCAAAGCUUUCUUAAUAAAGUGCCUUUUUCCCA